UAGACAGCCACUUCAGCACUGUGUAUAGCUGACUCCCAGGACACAGAGGACAGCAAACUGACAGGGAGAGUGAUUGUGGGUGCAUUAUUGGACAGGAAAAGGCAAUACUGAAAUCUCACCAUGUCAGAUUAUGGAGAAAAUACCACUACACCCGACUAUUCCGCUUAUUAUGAGGACACAGAGAACUAUGCCCCGUGCAACAACAGCAGCGUGAGAAACUUCAGCCAUGUGUUUUUGCCCACCCUUUACAGUUUGGUGACCAUCAUUGGCUUCAUAGGUAAUGGCCUGGUGGUGUGUGUUCUGCUGAAACACCGCAACCAGACCACCCUGACGGAUAUCUGCCUCCUCAACCUGGCUCUCUUCGACCUCCUCUUCGUCUUCUCCCUGCCCUUCUACUCCCACUACGCUGCUGUCGAGGAAUGGAUCUUCGGAGACUUUGUGUGCCACUUCGCAUCAGGCGUCCACACGCUGGGAUUUUUUGGCAGCAUCUUCUUCAUGGUUGUCAUGACACUGGACCGCUAUGUGGUCAUCAUGCACGCUCACACCAUGGCACGGCACCGCACUUUGAGGGUGGGCAUUGCUCUGACCGUGGUAGUGUGGAUGCUGAGCUUGUGCAUCUCCCUGCCAGUUUUUGCCCUAACACAAGUGAAAUAUGAGGACUUCAAUUGGAAAUGUAAUUCCAACACCAAAGAUAACAUCUGGGACAACUUUAACAUCUUCAUGACCAACAUUGUGGGUCUUGUGAUUCCCUUGCUGGUGAUGAUAUUUUGCUACUCCAGGAUCAUUCCCACACUGGUGAAAAUGAGGACUGUCAAGAAGCACCGCAUCGUUAAGCUGAUCAUCAUAAUAGUGGUUAUCUUCUUUUUGUUCUGGACCCCAUACAACAUCGUCAUCCUCCUGAAUUUCCUGCACAACCAAGGGAUUUUGAUCAAUGAUUGCGAUAUGCUCACAGGGUUGAACUUGUCCCUGCCAGUGACUGAAGGCAUUGCUUAUGCUCACUGCUGCCUGAACCCCAUAAUAUAUGCCUUUGUGGGACAGAAGUUCAUGCUGCGUGUGAAAAGGUUGCUGAGGAAGUGGGUGCCUUGUCGUUUCCUGGUCUCCCCCAGAAACAUGUCAGAAAGCUCAUUCAGGAAAAGCUCUAUUGUGUCCAGGUCCUCGGAGAUUACCUCCACUCGCAUCAUGUAGGUGGAUGGUAGAUCUUCAAAGGUGUUUUAAGACCACCAAACACCCACAAUGUUUUACCAUUCCACUGAAACCAUUUUUCUUUACCCCAGUACUCUUUCUAUUACCGUCCACCAUGUUAUCCUUGUUUAUUUUGCACUGAUUGCUAUGUGUUCUACUUGCCAUGUUGGGACUUUAUGAUUUAAUUUGCACAGGGCA